ACCAAUGGAGGCGUACGGCGGCGACGGCGGCGGCGCGUGGAGCACGGUAGCGUCCCGCUCCCGCAGGGUGGCGGCGCCCGCCCCUGCUCCUUGCGUCGGCGGUGGCGGAGGCGAUGGCCGCGCGCCGGGGGCGGGCGAGCUCGCCGAGGCGGUGGAGGGGCUGGAGAUCGGCGGCGGCGGCGGGUGCGGGGAGCGGCGGCUGGACAAGUACGACAUCCCGGUGGAGGUGAGCGGGGAGGGCGCGCCGCCCCCCGCCGACGGGUUCGAGGCGGCCGGGCUGGCGGAGGCCGUGCUCCGCAACGUCGCGCGCUGCGGGUAUGAGAGCCCCACCCCCGUGCAGCGCUACGCCAUGCCGAUCGCCAUGGCCGGGAGGGACCUCAUGGCGUGCGCGCAGACCGGGUCCGGGAAGACCGCCGCGUUCUGCCUCCCCGUCGUGAGCGGCCUGCUGGCGGCGGCGGCGGAGGGAGGGUACGGGCGCCGGGACAAGGGGUCGUUCGAGCGCAGGGCGAAGCCGCGCGCGCUCGUCCUCGCGCCCACCAGGGAGCUUGCAGCCCAGAUUAAUGAGGAGGCCAAGAAGUUUUCUUCCCAAACGGGUCUCAGAGUUGUGGUAGCUUAUGGGGGAACACCAAUGUAUGAUCAGCUUCGUGAUCUAGAGAGGGGUGUCGAUCUUCUUGUUGCUACACCUGGACGCCUUGUGGACAUGGUUGAACGAUCACGGAUCUCUCUUGAGGCGAUUAAGUACCUGGUAAUGGAUGAGGCUGACAGAAUGCUGGAUAUGGGGUUUGAGCCUCAGAUAAGAAAGAUAGUUGAUAUGAUGAAUAUGCCAAAAAAGUCUGUAAGACAAACUAUGCUAUUCAGUGCAACCUUCCCUCCCGAAAUACAGAGACUGGCUUCUGAUUUCUUGCACAAUUACAUAUUUAUCACUGUCGGGAGGGUUGGGUCAAGCACAGACCUGAUUGAGCAGAAAAUUGAGUUUGUUAAUGAUGGGGAGAAAAGAGGCUUCCUGCUAGAUCUUUUACACAAGCAAUCAGUUCGUGGGGCUAAUGGCAAGCUGCAGCAACCCCUAACAUUGAUCUUUGUGGAGACAAAGAGGGAAGCUGACACAUUGCGGUAUUGGCUAUACUCAAAAGGUUUCCCUGCGACAGCGAUCCAUGGUGACAGAACACAGCAGGAGAGGGAGAGCGCCCUGAGGUCUUUCAAGAGUGGCGCUACUCCAAUCAUGGUAGCUACUGAUGUAGCGUCAAGGGGUCUGGACGUCCCAAACGUGGCUCAUGUGAUCAAUUACGACCUCCCCAAGAGCGUCGAGGACUACGUCCACCGGAUUGGAAGAACUGGGAGAGCUGGGAAGGCUGGGAAUGCCACCGCCUUCUUCACCGAGACGAACCACUCCCUGGCGAAGGGUCUGCUGGAGCUGAUGACCGAGGCGAAGCGGGAUGUGCCCAAGUGGCUCGUGGAGUACGCGGAAAAGCCAUGCUAUGGAGGGCCAAGCUACAAUGGAAGAGGCCGAAGGGGCGGUGGUGGUUUUGGCGGCAGAGACUAUCGCCGCAGCAGCGACUACGGCUAUGGCGGUAAUGACUACAACAAUGGUGGUGGUGCCUACGGCGGUGGUGGUGGAUACUCAGGUGGUGGAGGCGGCCGCGGUGGCUACUCUGGCGGUGGUGAUGGCUACUCUGGUGGUGGCGGUGGGGGCAGCUCUCAUGGUGGAGGUGGAGGCAGUGGAAAUUCCUACAGAUCAAGUGCUCCUCCUCCGCGGUACUACCCAACGUACCCCAUGGGCACCACUGAUAUCAGCGCCUCUGGCUGGGACUAGCCGGCGCGAGCGCAUCCUCAGUGCACAUGCCGUAUAGAUGUAUACAUUGCCCUGCUAAAAUACGUAGGCACGUCUGGAAGUAGUCGGUCUUCGCUGGUCGUUUUGCCUUGCUGGUCCUCGUCUUGUCCUGUGAUAGACAUUGCCAUGGUGGUGGUGCACAGGGGCAAUUGGCAGAUGCUCAAGUUUGGGUUUUGGGUUUUGCGUUGGUAUGGUGACGGUGUUGUCACAAUGGGAAUCCUCUUGGUGAUUGAACUUGAAGGCUUUUGCAGUAUUACUAUGGUGUAUGGUCUGUAAGGGGGCAAGUGACCCUGCUAUUUUUGCUAUUCAAUCGAAGGCAGACCCCCGUUCAGUA